AUGACUAUUACACACGAAGAAUACCAGUAUCUCGAUCUCAUCAAACGCAUCAUGGAUGAAGGAGAACAUAGAGCAGAUCGCACUGGCACUGGUACCUUGGCCAUCUUUGCUCCACCUCAACUUAGAUUUUCUCUAAAGGAUGACAUAUUCCCUCUCUUGACUACCAAGCGUGUGUUUUACAGAGGUGUUCUCGAGGAAUUACUGUGGUUUGUUCGUGGAGAUACCAACUCUAAGCAUCUCAGCGAGCGCAACAUCAAGAUAUGGGAUGGCAACGGCUCUCGCGAGUACUUGGACAAGCUUGGUUUGACACAUCGCAAGGAAGGUGAUCUGGGACCAGUGUAUGGUUUCCAAUGGCGUCAUUUUGGAGCAAAAUACGUUGACUGCGAUACAGACUACACAGGACAAGGCAUUGAUCAGUUACAGGAAGUGAUUGACAAGAUUAAAAACAACCCCACGGAUCGUCGUAUCAUCCUGAGUGCUUGGAAUCCUGCUGACAUCCCCAUUAUGGCCUUGCCACCUUGUCACGCUUUCUGUCAAUUUUAUGUCAGCACACCUCCUGCUGAUGGUAGCCGUGCCAAGUUGUCAUGCGUGUUGUAUCAAAGAUCUUGUGAUAUGGGCUUGGGUGUGCCAUUCAACAUUGCCAGCUAUGCUCUUUUGACUCGUAUGAUUGCACAUGUUACUGACUUGGAUCCAGGAGAAUUCAUCCAUACUAUGGGUGAUACCCAUGUCUACGUGGAUCAUUUAGACGCCCUUAAGCAGCAGAUCGAGCGUGAGCCUAGACCUUUCCCUACAUUGAAAUUCAACCGCAAGAUUACUAGCAUUGAUGAUUUCAAAUAUGAAGAUUUUGUACUUGAAAAUUACAAUCCUCACAGCAAACUCGACAUGAAAAUGUCUGUUUAA